GUGUCGCCUUCGCUAUUCCUGCGAAAGAAACCAAAUUCAUAUUCAUUCGUGUGUAGGCUGCAUGUAAAAGCGGCUUCUGCUAGCUGCAUACGCGAUUGUAGUAGAGACAGGUCAGGAGGUCGAAUCCCCAUCUAUCCUGUUUCAGGUUUUUCUUUUCAUUUUUCGCCAGGAAAGAAGAAAUCAUGCCGCUCGGAAGAUUCGCCCUUGGGAGGGCCGAAGAGGCCACAGAUCGCAACACUCUCAGAGCUGUUAUAGCCGAGUUUCUUUCGACGCUGAUUUUCGUAUUCGCAGGAGAAGGCGCUGUCAUGGCGUUCGGUAAACUUACCGGAGGUGCAGACAUAACGCCGUCGGGGCUGGUUGCCAUUGCUCUGGCGCACGGCAUAGCUCUGUUUGUGGCCGUUGCAAUUGCGGCCAAUAUUUCUGGUGGCCAUGUCAACCCUGCUGUGACCUUUGGUGCUCUCGUUGGUGGAAAUAUAACCCUGCUCAGAGCUUUUCUGUACUGGAUUGCACAGCUUCUUGGAGCUGUUAUCGCUUGUUUGCUGCUUCGCUUUACAACGGGCGGUCUGCGUACAGGAGCGUUCAGAGUGGCUCAUGGCUUGGGUGACGGGAAUGCUGUUGUGUUCGAGAUCGUAAUGACAUUUGGUCUGGUUUACACAGUUUAUGCGACGGCCAUUGAUCCCAAGAGGGGUGAAUUAGGCACCAUAGCUCCCAUUGCCAUUGGAUUUAUUGUAGCUGCAAACAUUCUCGCAGGAGGACCAUUUUCAGGGGCUUCCAUGAACCCUGCUAGAGCAUUUGGCCCUGCUCUGGUCAGCUGGGCAUGGAGACACCACUGGAUUUACUGGGUUGGCCCUUUUGUCGGAGGCGGUCUUGCUGGGAUUAUUUACGAAUCUUUAAUGGUUCGAUCUGAUCCCACUCAUCAGCCACUGACUACUGAGGACUACUGAGCUUCGAAAGAUCAAUAAUGGCUUCGUUUUGUUAAGACAUAAUAGUGGCUUUCUUUUGUUUUGGGGCUCGAACUCGUGAUUUCCUGGGAAAAGCUUGUCUUCUGCAUGAUCGUAGCCGUGUGUGGUGGGGUAUAUAUAUCUAUAUAGUCUGUGUUUUUUCUAUUUGUCUAUAUGUUUAUGUACUUGUUUUGCUAUCUUAUUUUGCUGAAGAACUUGUGAAUAAUUAAUAUGUAUUUCGAUUCAAUUGUAGUAAAUACAGUACCCUUUUAAGGAUUUGUUUCGAA